AAGUCAGUGACUCUUGACAGGAAUGCGCGUCCCAUGCGCGCUCAGGCAGCGCUCCGCUCCUAAACUUUAUUUUUAACACUUUGGGUGGGUCAGACGGCGGCUGAUGAGAAUGAGCGUUAUGUGCUGCGAGCAUGCGCCUUCAGCAGCUCUCCCCCACCGUGACCUACACCUCAGCGCCUCUCAUGGAAUUAUUACUACUGCCCUUCAAAUAACGGAUUUUUAUUAUAAAGACCUCGACAGAGAAGCGUAUCAUUUUAUUUUGCUCCGGAUUUUUUUUGCAUUUGUAUAAACUAAAUCAAGAAGGCAUUUUCACAGUAUCUCUGAAAGAAAAACAUCUGCUUUCUGUGACACUGUCACUGGGCCUUUGAAAUUAGGACAUCCAUCUCUGGCAUUCCACACUCUUGUCAUCGUGUGAUUACGCUGAGGUGUUCUGUACCUCUCAUUCCCACAGAUCUCUAUGGCGACUAUGACUACAGACUUCGACAAUGCUGAAAUCACUCAGCAAUACAGCCGCAUCAACACCCGCUUCGAACUGUCUGACGAAGAGCUCGACAAUGAUAACAGCUCGGCCAGACUGUUUGAGCGCUCGCGCAUUAAAGCACUCGCAGAUGAGCGAGAGGCUGUCCAGAAGAAGACCUUCACAAAAUGGGUGAAUUCCAUAUUAGCCAGAGUCAGCUGCCGAAUCACAGAUCUUUAUCUGGACCUGCGGGAUGGGAGAAUGCUCAUCAAACUACUGGAGGUUCUGUCAGGGGAGAGACUGCCCAAGCCGACCAAGGGCCGAAUGCGGAUCCACUGUCUGGAGAAUGUGGACAAAGCCCUACAGUUUCUAAAGGAACAAAGGGUGCACUUGGAGAACAUGGGAUCACAUGAUAUUGUAGAUGGGAACCACCGCCUUAUCCUGGGCCUCAUCUGGACCAUCAUCCUUCGCUUCCAGAUUCAAGACAUUAUAGUAGAGACAGGGCAAGCUGACCAGACAGGCAGGCAGGAGACUCGCUCCGCCAAAGAUGCACUGCUCCUCUGGUGCCAGAUGAAGACCGCAGGGUACCCCAGUGUGAACAUCACUAACUUCACCACAAGCUGGAAAGACGGCAUGGCUUUCAAUGCUCUCAUCCACAAACACAGGCCAGAUCUGGUGGAUUAUGGAAAUCUACAGAGGUCCAACCCCACCCACAACCUUCAGCAGGCUUUUAACGUAGCUGAACAACAGCUAGGAGUCACCAAGCUCCUGGACCCAGAAGAUGUGUUCACCGAAAACCCAGAUGAGAAGUCCAUAAUCACAUACGUUGUUGCAUUUUACCACUACUUCUCCAAAAUGAAAGCGCUAGCAGUUGAAGGCAAGCGAGUUGGGAAGGUACUGGACCAAGCCAUUGAAACAGAGAAGAUGAUUGAAAAGUAUGAGACAUUGUCAUCGGAGCUGUUAACAUGGAUUGAGCAGACCAUCAUUGUGCUGAACAACCGCAAGCUUGCGAACUCUCUUACAGGUGUCCAACAGCAACUGCAGGCUUUCAACUCAUACCGCACUGUGGAGAAACCACCAAAGUUUCAGGAAAAGGGCAACUUGGAAGUAUUGUUGUUUACCAUCCAGAGCAGGAUGAGGGCCAACAAUCAAAAGGUCUACACACCCAAAGAGGGGGCACUGGUGGCAGAUAUCAACAGGGCAUGGGAGCGGUUGGAAAAGGCAGAGCACGACCGUGAACGGGUCCUGAGGGACGAACUUAUAAGGCAGGAGAAGCUGGAGCAGAUGGCUCGUCGCUUUGACAGGAAGGCUGCCAUGAGAGAGACCUGGCUGAUGGAGAAUCAGAGACUUGUUGCACAGGACAACUUUGGCUACGACUUGCCAGCAGUGGAUGCAGCUAAGAAGAAACAUGAUGCCAUAGAGACAGAUAUUGCAGCCUAUGAAGAACGUGUCCAAGCCCUGGUCGCCCUAUCUAAAGAACUGGAGGCAGAACGAUACCAUGAUGCAAAGCGCAUUGAUGUGAGAAAAGACAAUAUCCUAAGGCUAUGGGACUACCUGCAGGAACUCCUAAAAGCUCGCAGAGGCCGUCUGGAAAAGAACCUCACUCUCCAAAGAAUCUUCCAAGAGAUGCUCCACAUCAUCAGCUGGAUGGAUGAGAUGAAGGGCCGGAUCUUAUCCCCAGACUUUGGGAAGCAUUUAUUGGAAGUGGAGGACCUGUUACAGAAACAUUCAUUGGUAGAGGCAGAUAUUGCAGUACAGGCAGAAAGAGUACGAUCAGCCAAUGCAGCAGCUCUCAAAUUUGCCAAUGGUGACAGCUAUAAACCAUGUGACCCACAGAUCGUCUGUGAUCGGGUACAGCAUUUGGACCUGUGUUAUCAAGAGUUGUGUGCUCUGGCAGCCCAAAGGAAAGCCUGUCUUGAGCAGUCACGACGUCUCUGGAACUUUUUCUGGGAAAUUGCAGAGCUGGAGAGUUGGAUUCGGGAAAAGGAGCACAUCUUCUCUUCUCUUGACUAUGGUAAGGACGUGACCAGUGUGCUGGUGCUGCAGAGCAAGCACAGUGUCUUUGAGGAUGAGCUUGCUGCCAGACGUGACAAUCUGAAGCAGGUGAUGGACGAGGGAGAGAGCAUGAUCCAGGCCAAGCACUUGGGUUCUCCCAAAGUGCAACAGCGCAUGGAUGAUGUACAAAGACAGUGGCAGCAGCUGGAGGAGCUGGCCGCUUUCCGAAAACAGAAUUUACAAGACACACAGCGGUUCUUCCAGUUUCAGGGUGAUGCCGAUGACCUCAAAGCCUGGCUGGUUGAAUCUAUGCGGCAGAUGAGUAGUGAUGAUGUUGGGCAUGAUGAGUACACUACGCAGCGACUGCUCAAGAAACAUCGUGACCUAAGAGAUGAGGCCGCUAAGAAUGGAGCCACCAUUGAUGCUCUGUCCAAACAGGCCAAUGCACUUCCUGAAGAACUGAGGAACACACCAGACAUCCAGGGACGUCUGAAGGAUAUCCGGGACAUGUAUAUUGAGCUUCUGACCCUCUCAGACCUAAGGCAGAAGAAGCUGGAUGACACCAUGGCACUUUACACUAUCUUCAGUGAGACGGAUGCUUGUGAGCUCUGGAUGGGUCAGAAGGAGACCUGGCUGGUUGGGCUGGAGACACCAGAGAAGUUGGAAGAUCUGGAAGUUGUACAGAAUAGGCUAAGCAUCCUUGCCCAAGAGAUGGCUAACAUGCAGGCCCGGGUUGAUGAUGUCAAUAAAGCAGCCAAGCAUCUUGAGGACAGCAGACAUCCACAAACAAAACAAGUAAAAGACUGUCAAGCUCGUCUCAAUAAGAGGUGGGAAGCUUUUAAAGCAAUGGUGGAGGAUAAGAAGCGUAAAGUGGAUUCAGCCCUCAGCCUACACAACUAUGAUCUUGAUUGUGAUGAGACAGAGUCAUGGAUAAAAGACAAGACACGUGUUAUCGAGUCUACGAAAGAGCUUGGGAAUGACCUGGCUGCAGUCAUGACCAUCCAGAGGAAGCUCUUUGGCAUGGAGAGAGACCUUGCUGCCAUUCAAGCCAAGUUGGAUUUCCUGCAUGUUGAGGCAGAGAAGCUUGUGAAGGAUCAUCCGGAAAAUUCUUCUGAUAUCCUUGCCAGACUGGCAGAUUUGGACACAGCUUGGGCCACCCUGAAAUGCACCUUGAAAGACCGUGAGGACUCCCUUGGGGAAGUCAGCAAGCUGCAGACCUUCCUACAGGACAUGGAUGAUUUUCAGGCCUGGCUGUUCAAGACACAGAAGGCUAUUGCUUCUGAGGAAAUGCCAGAUAGUUUACCAGAGGCUGAGCAGUUCCUGAGUCUCCAUGAUGCUGUGAGCGAUGAUAUGGAUGGCCAUGAGGAAGACUACCAUCGUGUUAGGGACACGGGAGCAGCUGUAAUUCAGGACCAAGAAGAUGAUCCUCAGUACAAGCAGCUGGAGCAGAGGCUGGAGGGUCUUGAUAAGGGCUGGGAUGAGCUGCACAAGAUGUGGGACAGCCGCAAGAACUUCCUAGAUCAGGGUCUCUGCUUCCAGCAGUUUAUGAGAGAUGCAAAGCAGGCUGAAGCCAUAUUAAACAACCAGGAAUACACUCUAGCCCAUAUAGACAAGCAUGACACCCUAGACGGAGCAGAGAAGGCCCUGAAGAAGCAUGAGGACUUUGUCAUCACCAUGGAUGCUAAUGAGGAGAAGAUACAGAGCACACUAGAGACUGGUCAGAGGCUGGUCAACAGUGGUAACCUUUACUCAGGAAAGGUGAAAGACAAGAUGGACUCUAUUAAAGACAGGUACACCAAGAACCGAGACAAAGCCAAGGAAGUCUCAGGGAAACUUCAAGACAACAGGGAACUUCAGCACUUCUUUCAAAACACCCAAGAUCUUACGCUAUGGAUAAAUGAGAAGAUGCUGACUGCACAGGAUACAUCAUAUGAUGAGGCUCGUAACCUCCAUAGCAAGUGGCAAAAACACCAGGCCUUCAUGGCAGAACUUGCAUCCAACAAGGAUUGGCUUCAUAACAUUGAUCAGGAGGGACAAGAACUGAUGGAAUCCAAGCCUGAAUUUGAGCCUAUUGUAACGGACCGUCUUGCUAAGCUUCAUGAACUGUGGGACAAGCUGGAGAGAACCACAGAGGAGAAGGCUCGGUUGCUGUUUGACGCAAACCGCUCAGAGCUGUUUGACCAGAGCUUGACUGACCUGAAGAAAUGGUUGGGCAAACUGCACCAGCAGCUCCAUGGUGAUGUGGAUGAAGAAGUUAAGGAUCUUACCAGUGCCAACAUCCUGCUGAAGAAACAUCAGAUGACAGAGAAUCAAAUUCGGGAUCGUGCACGUGAGCUUGAGGAGCUUCAGGAAGCUGUACAGCAGCAUGCCUCUCUUAGAGAGGACCAACCCAAGCUUGAGGCUGAGCAGCAAACUCUUCAGAGGGACUUCCAGAAGCUCCUCACACCUCUUGCCCAACGCAGGGGCAGGUUGGAGGCUGUUAAGGCAGUGCACCAGUUCUUUAGAGAUCUUGCAGAUGAGAUACUCUGGGUUAACGAGAGGUUACCAAUGGCAAUGUCUGAGGAUCAUGGCAACAAUCUUCAGACUGUUCAGCUUCUGCUCAAGAAGAACCAGUCCCUACAAAAGGAGAUUGACAGUCACCAGCCACGAAUUGAUGAAGUAUUAGAGCGUGGCCGGCGAAUGGUAGUGGUAGCAGAAGGCAAUCCAGAGGCAGAGCGCAUGUCAGAGGAGAUGAGAAAGCUUCAGGAGGUAUGGGCAAAGCUGCAGGAUGAGAUGGCCAAACGGAGAGCACGGCUGUAUGGCUCCAAUGAGGCACAGCAGUAUUACAAUGAUGCAGAUGAGGCUGAGGCCUGGAUUGGGGAACAAGAACUCUACAUGAUUGCUGAUGAGAAGACCAAGGAUGAGCAGAGUGCUAUGAUCAUGCUGAAGCGCCACCUGCUCCUGAAGCAGACUGUGGAUGACUAUGCACACUCCAUCCAGCAGCUGGCAGACCGUGCUCAGACGAUGCUGACUGAAGAUCACCCAGAGGGUGAGGCCAUCAUCCGGAGGCAAGGGCAAGUUGAUAAGCAGUAUGCUGGGCUGAAGGAGCUGGCAGAGGACCGCAAAAAGAAACUGGACCACACAUACCAUCAUUUUCUGCUGAGCCGUGAAGUGGAGGAUCUUGAGCAGUGGAUUGCAGAGCGUGACGUGGUGGCUUCCUCGCAAGAGAUGGGCCAAGACCUUGACCAUGUGACGAUUCUGCGAGAUAAGUUCCGGGAAUUUGCACGGGAAACAGGGACAGUGGGUCAGGAACGUGUAGAUGCUGUGAAUCGGAUCAUAAAUGAGCUGAUCCAAGCAGGCCACAUUGAAGCUGCGACCAUGGCGGAGUGGAAGGACGGAGUCAAUGAGAGCUGGGCAGAUCUGCUAGAGCUCAUAGACACCCGGGCUCAGCUUCUCACAGCCUCCUAUGAUCUUCUGAAGUAUUUUUAUGAUGGGAAGGAGCUGGUAUCUCAUAUACAGGAAAAGAAAAAUGAGCUUCCUGAUGAUCUGGGAGAGGACUUCAGCAAAGCAGAGUCAUUCCACCGCAUGCAUGCUGCAUUUGAGAGGGACAUCAGCUCCCUGGGCAAACAGGUGAAACAGUUCCAGGAGACUGCAACACGACUGCAUGCCCAAUAUGCAGGAGAUCAGGCCAAUGCCAUUCAGGAAACUGAAAAAGAGGUGGCGGAGGCUUGGAAGGGUCUGUUGGAUGCUUGUGAAGGCAGGAGGAAGCGACUGGAGGAUACAGCUGACAAAUUCCGCUUCUUUACCAUGGUGAGAGACCUAAUGGCCUGGAUGGAGAGCAUCAUUCAACAAAUCGAGACCCAGGAAAAGCCAAGAGAUGUGUCCUCAGUGGAGCUCCUGAUGAAAUAUCACCAAGGAAUCCGAGCUGAGAUUGAGACCCGUGUGCCAAAGUUUAAUCAGUGUGUGGAGCUGGGACGUGCCCUCCUGGAACGCAAGCACAAGGACUCUGCAGAGAUCAAAGAAAGGUUGAUGCAACUGACAGAGAAGAGGAAAGACAUGAUGCUCAAGUGGGAUGACAGAUGGGACUGGCUAAGACUUUUGUUAGAGGUAUGUCAGUUUGCUCGGGAUGCAUCUGUGGCAGAAGCCUGGCUGAUCGCCCAGGAGCCAUACGUGGCCAGCAGGGAUCUGGGCGAGACAGUGGACGAGGUCGAAAAACUGCUCAAAAGGCAUGAGGCCUUUGAGAAAUCCACUGCUACAUGGGAGGAGCGUUUCUCAGCACUGGAACGUCUCACAACAUUGGAGCUAUUGGAAAUUCGAAAGCAACAACAGGAGAUGCAACAGUACAGACAAGAGGGGGAGAAAGAAAGCAGGAGAGAAGACACAGGUUUUGCAGAGGAUUCCUCACAACUCUACACCACAGAAGAGCAGUCUCUGUCUGGUAUGGGAGUAAUAGAGCCUAGUUCUGGCAGAGGUGAUGGCACAGCAGGGGACUCCACUGUUCCACUGGCCUCAGAAAUGCAGGAAAGUGGUUCACUAGAUCUGGACCCCUCCGUAUCCAUUCAAGUUAGUAGAGAGACAGAAAAGGCUACCACACUUCCCACUGAAUCUUCUCAAGCAAAGCCUGUCCUGCUGGAGGGAACUCUAGCCCGAAAACAUGAGAUGGAGGGACCUAAUAAGAAGGCAUCCAAUAGGUCCUGGAACAACCUUUACUGUGUGCUCAAACCCGGACAGCUCUCUGCCUACAAAGAUGCCAAGAGCUAUAGCCAUAGUGUCACUUACCAUGACGAGGAACCCUUGACCCUCACCAAUGCUUCAUGCGAGGUGUUGACCAACUAUAAGAAAAAGAAGCAGGUGUUCAAGCUUAGACUUGGAGAUGGAAGUGAGUAUCUGUUCCAGUGUAAAGAUGAGGAGGAGCUUCAGAACUGGACUGAGGCUAUAGAGCAGGCAGCACAACCGGUGACGGAGGAACCAGUUGCAGGGCCAUCAGGAAUGAAGGCACAAAGCCUACCCCCACCUUCUACUUCCACUACUCUAGAAAUCCCCUCUACCAAGAAGGACAAGGAGAAGAGGUUUAGUUUGUUCACUAAGAAGAAAUAAAAAGAGCCCAAAACCAUCCAGGAAACCAAAACAGGGUGAAGUAACCCUGAACAGAAUGUGAAGCAGGUGAAACUAUCACAAAAGGAACAGAUUUAUAACACCAUUGAUUUUUUCCCUUUACAUUAUAGUAAUUUGUAAGGAUUGAGCUAUAUGAAAUGUAGAUUACACUGCUGCCUGUAUCUAAGCUAAUGAAGUGUUGCUGAAGUCCACAUGUAUUGCUAUUUAUGUUUUGUUGUACUUUUUCUUAUACUAGACUCAAAACCAAAUUCACUUUGCAUACAAAUAAAAGCACAGGAAUCUUCUCAAAUUUAACCAAAAAGUAUCUGUAAGAACAGAAAGGGUUUCUUUUUUUUUUCUUUGUUUUUCAAUGUGUUUAGCUUCUUCUAAGCAUGCUUUGGUAGUUUGACCAUAAAAUAUGCAUAGUUUUGUUAAUCUGCCUAUUUCCUUUAAAAUGGUUGCAAAUGUAAUACUGUGCUCUUUGCAUUGGAACUUAUAGAAUUUCCAAAGUGUUGAAAAUUGGAGAGGUGUUUCUUUUUGUAAAAGGUGUUUAGUCAGCAGGAGGUUUUGCGAAUAAGGGUGUUUGACACUGUAUACUAUGCCGUUAAUAUACACUUUAUGCAAUAAGCACAGUUUUCAGUGUGCUUUUAGACUGUCCAUAGUGUUGUAAAAGCGAUUUCCAUUAUGAAAUAUUAAUACAACUGAAAUAUUAAUACGAAUAAUAUAGUGAUAUUAUAUUAAUAUGAGAAAAUAUGAACGCUAUUAUAGUAAUAUUUUAAUAUUACUAUUAUAAAGGAAAGAUAAAAAUGAGAUAAGAGCAGUAAAUCAUUUUUUCCCCAAAACCUCAUAUAUUUUGAAUAUAAUUUUUUUCAAAGCAUGAAUGGAUAUGUUAAUUUAAUAUGGUGCUAUAUGAUUAGAAUACAGAUUUGUACCCUCUCAUAACUCAGGUAUCCCAGUAUGGCUAUUUCAGGCCUAAAUCAGAUCAUGAAUACACUUUUACUGACAGGAAACCCUUUAGAAACAUCAUAAAAAUAAUUCCUUACCGCAAAAGAUACAGCUUGGUCAAUACAAAGUAUGGUAGCCAACAUAACUAUUGAAUAUUUGAGCGCAUGGAAAUAGUGUGUCAUGCAGAUAUAAAUGUUAGGUGACAGGAAGUAAUGGAAGGGGAAAAGGAAGUUUUCAAGAAAUUCUACAUUGCACAAUAAACUCCCUGCAUACAUUUAUGCUCUGAUCAGACAAGUCCAGACAUUGCAAUAAGAAAUCAUUCAUUAUAAAUGUUAUUUAUAAAUACAUGUCACACAAGUUUCUGAAAGGUUGUAACAAAACAAUCAGUUAUUGUUGGUAUAUUAUUUAAUCUGAACUGUCUUGAAUUUAAAUGCCCUCUUACCAAAGUCUUAGUUUCCCUCAGUAUUAUAUAUUCACGUUAAAAUAUAAGUCCAUACUGUUGCUGCCAAUAGUUUUAACAUAUUUUAAAAAAGUGGCCAAAUAAUUACUUAAAUUUCAUCUCAUUGUUGAAUUUUUGAAGAUGGCUGUGACAAAGAAUAAGUUUACAGAGUCAUGUGUUAUGAGGGUCAAUGUGGUGCUUUAUUAAGGUCAUGGGUUUUUUUGUUGUCCACUAUGCGUAUAAUCUGGACCUGCGGAUCCCUCUUAGUUCUGCCGCUUUAAACGCACUGCAGUCUAAGUUAUAAGUUGAAAGGGAGUUCAUUCUAUUUCUCCAUUCUCCAUUUCUUUUCACCUUUUAUACCUGUAUGUUCAAUGCAAAAUCACAUAUACUACUUUGAAGGCAAUGUAUGAAUCAUUUUCAGAGUUUGAAAGUAAAUAAACUCUGUUUGCAGUAACGUU